AUGAAAGGGGAUUUGAAUGAUAAUCAUUGCGCAAAAAUUUCUUCAAAGAGCACAAUGCAGAAGGAAAAGUUAAACUCCAUGGAGUUUCCUACAACUCGUAUCAAAAACGUUAAAAUUGAUUUCGUUUUGAAACGUGGAUGGAAAGAAUAUAAUUCAAGAGAACUGGUGAACCCAAAUCCUGUUAAUAUUGAAGGAUUAGGUCCAGUACCUUUGACUAUUGGUUCUGAACGACUACAGGAUUUCUGCUGA